GUGUGUACGGAUGAUAGAUUGAUGUUUGUAAUAUUCAUCAUAUAUUUCCAUGAACAGCCUCUAACCACGAGACUCUCACAUUCCUCCACACAUCCCAUUUCUCCUUGGAUCUCUGGGAGAAAGGACUCAUCUUCGAACUUCAGAAGCAAAUAAGACACUCUCUGGAAGUUAGCAUAUCAUUCUCCCUCUCCAUACCCAGCGUAUUUGAGCGUAAAAAACUGUGAAUUAGAGGAUAUUGGUCAGAAAUGGCGGGUGAUAUUGAAGAGCCUUUUAGGCUCAAUUUCCAUGGGGAAUCUCUUAGGUCCGGUUCCAUAUCAUUUGGGCGGUUUGAAAACGAAGAUUUGUGUUGGGAGAGGAGGUCGUCUUUCUCACACAAUAGGUACCUCGAAGAGGUUGAGAAAUAUUCAAAGCCAGGCUCUGUUACUGAGAAGAAGGCAAUUCUCGAGGCCCAUUUUAAAAGGCGGGCAGCACUUUCAAGCCAAAGCUCUUCAGAGUCUCAUAGCAGCAAGAUUGAGUGCCAAACUAGUGGAAAUGAUCUAUUUGAGGAUAAUGCCAAUGAAGCGGUAGACAUCAGAGUGACUGAGAGUGGGGGGUAUGAUGGGGAUUUUGAACGGUUCAAUGAUUGUAGUUAUUCCACACAGAGCCAUGAUGUUGAACCCGAACCGAUAGGGUGUGAAAGUGAAGAUCGUGGGCUUUAUUAUUAUUGCAACAAUGAUGAUUAUGAAACUCAUAGUAAACAUGGUGAUGAUACUAGUGGGGUUGUUUGUGAACAUUUUCAAGAAGAAGAUGAUUGUAGUGCAGUUACUGGAAGAACAACAACAACAGUCAACUGUGAUGAUGAAUCAAUGCUUCUCACCAAUGGGAAUGUAAGAGCUGAAAAUGUGACAUCAAGCACAGUCAGCCUGGUUCCUGCUUCUUAUGAAAUUGAAAGUGAAAUUGAAAAGUGUGCAAGCACCAGUUCAGAGUCACAACAACAAAGUAUUUCUCCAAAGGUGAACUCUGAAUCACAUUUGAAAUCUGGAGCAUCUUUACAUAAUGCUGUUAAGCAAAGAGCAACGUUCCCGAAACAAGAUGCCAAGGACCUUACAGGGAAACCUAGAAGGAAGAACUCUGACAUUUUAGUCAGGGAGAAACCGGUUUUGCAAUCAAGUGCUACUGCUACUAACUGUUCCAUUUCAACAACACCAAAUUAUGAGGACUCAUUUAGUUCAAUAAGUAAUAUUUAUGAAGAAAGUACAAGCACUGAAAAGAAAUAUAGGACAAAAGAAAAGGUUGUCAAGAAUAGGUAUCAAAGUCCAAGCAGGCCCAAGUGUGGUGAAAAUAGUAAAAGUACACCAGGCAUGAAGCAAAGCUGUUCUUCUUUCAGUUUUAAGAGUGAAGAACGUGCAGAGAAGAGAAAGGAGUUCCUAAUAAAGCUAGAGGAGAAAAUGAAUGCUAAGGAAGCUGAAAUGCAUCAACUUCAAGCAAGAAGGCAGGAAAAGUCUGAAGCAGAGAUUAGAAGGUUGAGAAAAAGCCUAAAUUUCAAAGCAACUCCCUUGCCUUCUUUUUACCAUGAAGAUGGGCAACAUUCAAAUAGAAAUAAGAACAUGGGCAAUAGACCCAAACCAAGUAUGCCGCGCAAGAAUCAUUCACACCCAACUGACCUGAGCACUUCAUUAGCUGCUGAAAACAGCACAUCUACAUCUGGGGCGACAAAAAACGGGGCCCACUUCGCUCGUAAAGUUCUGAAUGCUCCAUCACCACAAGCCUCGACCAAACAUCGCUCAACAAUAUCUUCUGAUGGCAGCAUGUCCUCUUCACAAGUCUGCAUGGGUGACAGAAAAAGCCGCAAAAUCAAAGUUGUAAAAGAGGAUACUAAACGAGGUAUCAACUCGCGCAGCAGUAACCGUAGAUUCAAUUGCCUUGCAGUUGGCGCAGCCUCCUAAAAUGUGGUCAUAUCAAAAGCACUUUACAUAUAUGCAUGCAUUCUCUCCUUUUAUUAACAAAAAUGAAAUUUUAUUAAUUAGUUGGUUGAAUUAGUUGGUUGUUACUCUGUAAUCUGUAUGCACUCAUGCGAACACCCACAUAUGUAUAUAUAUGGAGCAUGUAAUUAUGUGUAGUUUGAGAGACUUUGUUGUUGGGACAUUGGCAAGAUGUAUUAAAAUGCUGCACUAGAAACCAUAAAUCUAAAGAAAUAAAAGGCCACUAAAUUAGUGAGCAUCCUUUACAUUUGGUACAGUAAUA